UUGUGUGCUUCCGUUUCGAGAAUGGCGUAGUCUCGUUGAGUGCAGAAUAACCGACGGGAAGAUCCAUAUCCGGACACACAGGCCUCAUCAACUUUUGUGAUUCAACCUUCAAUAAGUCUUCUCGGCGUGUAUGUUCACUGGUUAUCUUCGACUGUAGUAAAGAUAUACAGAUAAUAUCAGCCGAAGCAGUAGAAGCAUUUUCGUCGUGUCGACCUACAGGACAAUGUCCUGUAGCCCAAAGGACAUCGUUUAAUAUAUCAUCGGCAAUGCACUAGCUAGCAGAGCUUAUAGCUAGAAUAAUUGGAACAUAUUAUUUGAAAAAUGAACAACUGGAAUCAAUGGCCUGCGGGUACUAGUGUACCUCCACCGCCAACAACAGGAUAUUCACCAGCUGGUACAACUGAUCCUAUGGCUACCAUGCAAGCUUAUAUGCAAUACUAUAGUCAACCAGCACCAAGUGGAUACACACCAGAGCAAUGGGCUGCAGCUCAGCAACAAAACUGGGCUAGUUGGCAACAAUGGCAACAAUCGUAUCAACAAUGGCAAGCUCAGUAUGGUGAUAAGUAUCAAGAAACAAUGAAACAACAAUAUGGUACAAGUGGACAAGCUCCACCCUUGCCAAUAACAACGCAACCCCCACCUCCUCCACCAAAAGAAGAUCGACCUCCGUUACCACCAUCUAGUAAUGUAAAUACAUAUGGAUACAAUACAGCACCUCCUCCUCCACCAUCAGGUAGUGGUGCAGGAUCGAAAAGAGAUGCCGAUGGUGAUGCUAACACAGACAGUGCUAAGAAGCAAAAAACCGAGACUGAUGAAGAACUCAGUCAAGCAGAAAAGAAAUUUGAUGAUCAGUUUAAACAAUGGGAGGAGAAAUUCAAUAAAUGGAAAUUGCAAAAUGCUAAUCACCCAGAUAAGGAACAAUACAAAGUUUAUGAAGCCAAGUGGACUAGUUGGCGAGAGAAGUUGAUUGAAAAGCGUGAACAGAUGCGUCGUAAACGCGAGGAAAGAAAAUUGGAGGCAGCAAAAGCUCAACAAAAAAAUGUACCUGUCGACAAAAUUUUAAACAUCAUAUCAAGCACAGAAAACCAAGGAAUGAUAAACAAUGUACUAGGGAUAGGCAAAACUCUGGGAUUAGCAUCAAAAUCAGAUACGACCACAUCAACCACAGCAGUAGCUUCGGUGUCUUCCAUGUCUAUGCCACCAGUAGUAGCACCGCAGGUAUCAAUGACUCCAAUGAUGCAACCUCCCGAUAUGACCCAAGCUUGGGCUCAGUGGGGACAAUAUACUGCACCAAUGAGUACAGCCAUGACAACUCCAAUGGCCGCACCAAUGGCUACACCCAUGGCUUCCAUGCCACCCUAUGGAAUGAAUGUACCACCUCCGACGAUGACUGCUCCACCCAUAAUGGCACCGACGGCACCUCCGGUGCAGCCGAAUUUCUCGCAACCACCACCAGGAUUCGUUACACCAAAUUUUUCACAACCACCACCAGGAUUUACGCAACCUCCGCCUUCAGUCAACACUAAUCCACCACCUCCACCUGUAUCACAGCCACCUCUGACUAGUACAACUAAUCUAAUGAGUCAACCACCUCCAAACUUUAAUAAACUGCAGAAAAUUGUUAAUCAGCAAGGGCAAUCCAGUACAAACAGUCAAAUACAAGGACCUGACGGAGGCAAUCAAAACAAUAGAAAUACAAGAAAUCCAUUUAACAAUCGAGGAAAUAGGAACGAAGGAAGCGGUAGUCAACAUGACGACCAAGAUAACUUCAAACAAGAAACGUUUGACGAUGACUAUACCAAUUACGGCAAUAAAGAAAAUGAUCGAUUUAACAAUAGGCAACAAAAACAUCAGCAAAAUCAGCCAAAUCAGCCAAAUCAACAAAAUCAGCAGCAGAAUCAGCAAACUCAGCCAAAUCAACAGAAUCAGCAGAAUCAGCAAAAUCAGCAAAAUCAGCAAAAUCAGCAAAAUCAGCAAAAUCAGCAAAAUCAGCAAAAUCAGCAAAAUCAACAAAAUCAACAAAAUCAACAAAAUCAACAAAAUCAUCAAGAAGAAAUGCCACCAGAACUGAAAAGGCUCAUGGAUAAACGAAAAAAUUUAGUUAAUAAUAAUGCUUUCCAACCAAGCAAUAGAGACUCGCCAAAUGAAAUGGGCUCUUUAAGUGACAAUUUUAAAAAAUUUGGAGGUGAAAAAUUCAAUCGAAAUAAUAAUUUUGAUUUAAGAGGUCCCGGUAACUUUGGUUCAAAUGAUGACUCGAAUUUUGGAAAUAGAGGUCCGAAUAAUUUUGGUAACAGAAGUUCAAAUGAUUUCGGAAACAGAGGUUCAAAUGAUUUCGGAAACAGAGCUUCAAAUGACUUUGGCAACAGAGGUCCAAAUGAUUUUGGAAAUAGAGGGUCUAAUGAUUUUGUCAAUAGAGGAUCUAAUGAUUUUGUUAAUAGAGGACCUAAUGAUUUUGGUAAUAGAGGACCCAUUGACUUUGGUAAUAGAGGAUCCAAUGACUUUAGUAACAGAGGCGCCGAUAAUUUUGGAAAUAGAGAUUCUAAUGAAUACGACGAUGAUGUUUCCAAUGAUUUCGACAACCAACAAGAGCCCAAUGAUUUGUGUAAUCGAGGACCGAAAGAUUUCGGUAACAGAGGACCAAAUGACUUUAGAAACAGAGGCCCAAAUGAUUUUGGAAACAGAGGACCCAAUGAUUUUGGAAAUAGAGGACCGAAUGAAUUUGGUAAUAGAGGUCCAAAUAAUUUUGGAAAUAGAGGACCUGGUGAUUUUGACAACAAAGUACCUAACGAUUUUGGAAGUCGAGGGCCAAAUGAUUGUGGAAAACGAGGACUAAAUGAUUUUGGAAACAGAGGGCCAAAUGAUUUCGGAAAUAGAGGAUCUAAUGACUUCCGAAACAGAGGACCGAGUGACUUUGGAAACAGAGGUCCUGGAGAUUUUGGAAACCGAGGUCCUGGGGAUUUUGGAAACCGAGGGCCCGGAGAGUUUGGAGAUAGAGGACCUAAUAACUUUGGAAAUAGAGGACCCAACGACUUUGGAAAGAGAGGACCCAAUGAAUUUGGAAAUAGGGGACCCAAUGAAUUUGGAAAUAGAGGACUCAAUGAAUUUGGAAAUAGAGGACCCAAUGAUUUUGGAAACAGAGGACCCAACGAUUUUGGAAACAGAGGACCCAACGAUUUUGGAAAUAAAGGACCCAAUGAUUUUGGAAAUAGAGGACUCAACGAUUUUGAUAAUCGAGGCCCUAAUGAUUUUGGAAACAGAGGUAAUAGAGGUCCGAAUGACUUCAGAAAUCAAGGUCCUGGUAACUUUGGUAACAGAGGCCCUGGCGACUUUGGAAACAGAGGACCCACUGAUUUUAAUGAUAAUGAUCCUUUUGACAACAGAGGUCCUAAUAACUUUGAUAAUGAUGACUCUAAUGACUUUGGUAAUAGAGAUUUUAAUGAUUUCAAUGAUGGUCCCAAUACCUUUGGUAACAGAGGGCCAGGCAAUUUCGGCAAUCGUGGCCGUGGCAAUCAAGGACCAGACAAUUUUAAUAAUCAAGGACCAGGUGAUUUCCAAAAAAGUGGGAGUAAUAAAAAUGUCUUUUCUGACGGCCCAGAUUUCCAUAGCAACAAAGAGCAAUUUCAAUUAAAUGUUAAUAAACCAUUUGCCAAAGGAGGACCUAUGGCUGAUAUUAUUCAUGAUUCCAACGCUCAAGAUGGAUCGAGCUUCGUUGGUAAGGAUGACAUAGUACCGAGUAAUAAAAAGUCAACCGAGGGAAGUUCAAUCGUUGAACAGCCAAAAGAAGGAGUUGGUAGCGCUACUACUAACAAUGAAUCUGAUAACCUGCCAUUUAUGGGCGCAGGAGAUCCAAAGCCAAAAGAUUUUAAUGAACAGCCCUUGCCUGAACAAUCAAACUUACCAAAAAUAAGAACUCUUGAAGAACCACCUGUACCAUCUUUCAAUGAUGAUAUGAAUGAAGAUCCGUUUCAAGAUGAUAUUGCUCCAUUUGGUGGUAAUCAGUUUAAUCGACCUCCUCCUCCCUUUGUACAACAAGGAAAUUUCAAUAAACCUGGAUUUGGACCACCAAGCAUUAAGCCUAUUCCAUCGUUGUUAUCCUUAAAAAUUGUACCUCCGCCUAUGAUGGCGCUUAAAGAUCAAUCUCAAGCACCUUUUAAUCAAGAAGGACCUGGACCAUUCAAUCCAAAUAGACCGCCAUUUGGAGACAGUGGUCCUAAAGACAAGGAUUUCAGUUCUGAACAAUUUGGUCCAAACAAAUCUUUCGGGCCAGAUGGUUCUAUAAAUAAAGAUAAAAACUUUGGUCCUGGCCCAUAUGGAUCGAACAAACCAUCAUUUGGACCCGAUGGACCUACAAGUAAUGAUAAUUUUGGCCCUGGUCCAUUUGGACCAAACAGACCUCCAUUUGGAACCGACGGUCCCAUGAAUAUAGAUAGAAACUUUGGGCCUGGGUCAUUCGGACCCAUUAGACCACCUUUUGGCCAGGACGGCCCAAUGAACAAAAACUUUGGACCUGGCCAAUUUGGUCCUAAUAAUAAACCUUUUGGACCUAGUGGAAUAAUAGAAAAUAGAGGUUUUGGCCCUGAAUCAAUUGGACCAAACAGACCUCCAUUUGGUAAAGAUUUACCUUCAUUGGAUAAGGAAAAACCUUCAUUUGAGAAAGAUAAACCUUCAUUUAACAAAGAAAAAAGUCCACUUGAUAAAGAUCGAAUGCCGUUUGAUAAUGAUAGAACAUCAUUUGACAAAGAUAAAACUCCAUUCGAUAAAGAUGCAUCUAUAUUUGGUAAUGAUCUACCUAAGGCCAGUAAAGAUUUGCCUCCAUUAAAUAAAGAUAAAAUGGCAUCUAGUAAAGAUAUACCACUAACAAACAAUGAUGCUAAACCAGAAGUUAAUGCAGACACUAGUAAUAAUGAACCUGAUUUGGAAGAGCCAAUAGAAGAAGCUGCUAGUGCCGAAGAUAAUGAGUGUCUACCUGAAAUUGAUUUUGAAACUCCCAUGGUUCCUCCAGCGAUUGAGACGAAUAUAGAUUUUACUGAAGAUUCAUUCGAACCAGUGGACACAACCGUUAGUCAGUUAGCUCCUGUGGAAUUUGAAGAAAAUUCAUCUGAUAAAACUAUUAUUAAUGAAGAAAAACCGUCUGAAGAGGAUAAAGUAAGCGAGAAUGCAGAGAAACAAGUUACAGAUGAACCUAAACUUACAGAAAGUAAUUUAGAAUCUGAUGAGAAAGCUAAAGUUGCUGAAAACAAAGACACCGAAAAUCGCAAUCUUACACCUUCUGGUUCCUGUUUUGUUCCUCCGGAACCGUUCAGUCCCAAUCAACAUUUUGCAGAACCGAAUGACGGGCCAUUUGGUCUUAAUAAAUCUCACCCUAAAGAAGGUCCACGCUCAUUUAGUCCGAAUCGUUUCCAAGGGUCGAACGAAAAAUUUGACCCAAAUAAACAUUUCGGAGGACCUAAAGAUACACAAUUUUCAUCCGGUAAACCAUUUUCCGAUUUCAACGAAGGUCCGUUUGGACCAAACAAACCUUUGGGGGGGCCUAAUGAUAGACCUGGUCUACUUGGACCAAACAAACCUCUAGGAGGUCCUAAUGAUAGACCCGGUCUACUUGGACCAAAUAAACCUUUAGGAGGGCCUAAUGAUAGACCUAGUCUACUUGGACCAAACAAACCUUUCGGUGGAUUGCAAGAUAAAUCUGGUUCAUUCGGUCCACAUAAGCCAUUCGAAGGACCCAAUGAUGGUCCAUUAGGACCGAACAAACCAUUCGGAGGACCCAAUGACGGUCCAUUUGGGCCGAAUAAAUUGUUUGACGUACCCAAUGAUGGCCCCUUUGGGCUUAACAAACCAUACGGAGGACCAAAUGAUGGUCCAUUUGGACCGAACAAACCGUUCGGAGGACCCAACGAUGGCCUCUUUGGACAUAAACCAUAUGGAGGCCCCAAUGACGGUCCAAAUAAACCAUUUGGUGGCCCUAAUGAUGGUACCUUCGGAUUAAACAAGCCUUUCGAAGGAUCCAAUGAUGGUCCAUUUGGGUCGAACAAACUGUACGGAGGACCUAAUGAUGGUCCCUUUGGUCCUAAUAAACCGUAUGGAGGAUCUAAUGACAGUCCCUUUGGUCCAAACAAACCAAUAGGAGGUCUAAAUGACGGUCCCUUUGGACCGAACAAGCCAUUCGAUGGACCCAAUGAUGGACCAUUUGGGCCGAAUAAACCAUUCAGUGGACCUAAUGACGGUUCCUUUGGCCCUAGCAAACCAUAUGGAGGACCCAGUGACGGUCCCUACGGACCAAAUAAAUCAUUAGGAGGUCCGAAUGAAGGUCCAUUUGGACCAAAUAAACCAUUCGGUGGGCCCAAAGACGGCCCUUUUGUAUCGAACAAACCUUUUUCUGGACCUAACGAUGGCCCAUUUGGUUCAGAUAAAAAUAUGUUAAGUCCUAAUAACGGUCAUUUUGGUCCUAACAAACUUAUUAGUGGACCGAACGACGGACCCUUUGGUCCAAAAAAACCUUUUGGUGGGCCCAGCGAUGGUCAUUUUGGGCUCAAUAAGCCGUUUUCUGGGUCUAACGAUAGCCCAUUUGGUUCAGAUAAACCUCUGUUAGGUCCAAAUGACGGUCCCUUUGGACAAAACAAAUCUUUUGGUGGCCACAAUGAUGGACCGUUUUGUCCAAACAAACCUUUUGGUGGGCCGAAUGAGGGCCCGUUUGGAACAAACAAAUCUUUUAGUGGACCUAACGACGGACCUUUUGGACCAAGCAAAUCAUAUGGGGGGCCCAAUGAUGGACCGUUCGGACCGAGCAAGCCUAAACCUUUUGGUGGGCCGAAUGACGGACCGUUCGGGCUAAACAAACCUUUCUCAGGACCACAAGAUGGACUACCUGGGCCAUUUGGUCCUAAAAUGCCUUACACCGGUGAUGGUUUAUUAGGACCUUGUCCCAGUAGAGUUCCUUUCGGUCCUGUUGGUCCACCUGGCCCUUCGGGUCCUUCUGGACCUUCUGGACCUCCUGGUCCGCCUGGUCCACCUGGUCCAUCUGGUCCGCCUGGUCCAUCUAGUUCACACAACCGAAGUGGUCCUCCCUUCGACAUGAUGAGUGAUCCUUUUGGUCCAUCUACGCGAAAAGGUGAUUUUGUGGGAGAACCGGAAUUUCGCGUUGGUAAACAAUUUAAUUACAAUCAUGGUGGAAAGAAACCGGAGAGGGAAUUUUUGACACCAGCGAGAAUCAUUGAUUAUGGGCAUGAGAAGAAAAUUGCGAUUGACCCGGUAGAUCUAGUCUCAAUUUAUGAUUAUGCGCACGGGAAAAUAAAGCCCGACAUGCGUGUUUUGAUGAAAGAUUUUAAGAACUGGGAAGAGAACGAGCAAAACUUGAAAGAAUAUCAUGAAGAAAUGAUGAAGAGAAGCGAGAAGAUUGGCAAAAUUUGGACCACUAGCCCACCGCGACUACGCGAGAGAUCAAUCUGGAAUGAUCCAUCACUGAAAGAUAUGACUGGUGACGUUGGAGAUAUUGCCAUGGAUGUCGACGAUCGUUUGAAAGACCGCGAUGAGCGUCGUGACAAAGACGAGCGUAGUCUUAGUAUCUUAGACAGAAAUCGUGAUAGAGAUCGCGACAAAGGACGUAAUCGUGACAAAGAUCGUGAUGAUCGAUAUUCAGAUCGCAGCAGAAGUGAAAGGGAUCGAGACGACAGGCAUGAUAGAUAUAGUGAUCGCAAUCGUGACAGGGACAAGGAAGAUCGUUACAGAAGUGACCGUGACAAGGAUAAAAGCCGUGACAGAGAUAGAGACGACCGACACAAAGAUCGAGAUGACAGACACAAAGAUCGUGAAGAUCGAGAUCGACACAAGGAUAGACAUGACAAAGACAGAGAUGAUAGGUAUAAAAGUCGAAGAGAUGAUAAAGAUAGAGAUAGUCGCCAUAAAGAUAGAGAUUCUAAAGAUGAUAAAGAUAAGGACAAACGAAGCAUUCGAGAUAAACCAAGUGAUCAGAAAGAUGAGAAAAAAGAAGAACCUACCGAUAAAAUAUCUAGUUCAGCAGAUAAAGGUAGUGAAGAAGAUAAAGCAGGCAGCUCGAAAGAUCCUGAAAAGAUCGAGGACAGAUCUAAGGAGAGCGUAACCAACUCUGACCCCAUCGGUAAUGCUCCAACUGAAAACACACCUGAACAAGAAUUGAGCCAGUCAGAAGUUAAGACAAAUAAUGAUGGUCCCCCAAAAAUUAUGGAACUACCGAAGACUCCAAAUCUUACAAUGGUCGACGAUCUGCUAUGUCCUCCCGGUCGGUUGACGAGGCCACCCAAGAUUGCAAUUAUCCUGAGAGGACCACCUGGCAGUGGAAAGUCUUUCGUAGCUAAGCUCAUCAAGGAUAAAGAAGUUGCGCAAGGAGGUUCAGCUCCAAGGAUGCUGAGUAUCGAUGACUACUUUCUUGUUGAAAAGGAUCAGAAUCCUGGAGAUGAUAAAAAAGACGGAGGAGAUGAAAUGGAGUAUCGAUUCGAAGAAGCGAUGGAGCCUGAAUACUUUAGCCACUUGGUUAAAGCAUUUAAGAAAAAUGUUACAGAUGGCUUCUUCAAUUUUAUUAUACUUGACAGCAUCAACGAAAAGAUUUCAGAUUAUGAAGAAAUGUGGAGUUUUGCAAAAACGAAAGGCUUUAAAGUUUAUAUUUGCGAGAUGGAAAUGGAUGCUCAAGUAUGCAUAAAGCGUAACAUUCACAAGCGUUCUGAAGACGAGAUUAAUAGAAUUGUAGAUUACUUCGAACCAUCGCCAAGCCACCAUCAUAAAUUGGAUGUAUCAUCAUUACUUCAAGAACAGGCGAUUGAAGAUGUUGAAAUGGAAGAUGUUCAAAAUGCACCAAAUGAAGAUACAAAAGAAAAAGAAGGCGAAACUCUAAAAGAAGCAGAUAAACUCGAGAAAUCUAACGAAGAUACUGAGGAAAACAAAGAAGAUGGAGAUUCGACGAAAGUUAGUAAAUGGGAGAGAAUGGAAGCAGAAGACAAACUUGAUCGCCUCGAUGGAUUAAAACGAAAAUCCGAACAUAAGCCGCAAACAAUGGAAGAAUUUUUACAAGUUCCUGACUACUACAACGUAGAAGACAAUUCUGGAAAGAAACGCGUGAGGUGGGCUGACCUAGAAGAGAGAAAGCAGCAAGAUAAAAUGCGAGCUGUUGGAUUUGUCGUCGGUCACACGAACUGGGAUCGUAUGCUGGACCCAUCUUACGGUAGCAGAGCAUUAACACGCACAAAGCAUAACUGGAGUUAACAACGUGGAAUGAGACUCAAUAUGCGACGUAAUAACAAAAAUUUACCAUCAAAUCAUGGAAGAUCGUACAAAAAGUAUUAAUAGUUAUGUAGAUAUGUAUUGAUCUACCGAUUCUGUCGCUAUCAGAAGUAUAUGGUUACAUG